AUGCCCAGCGACGAUACUUACCUGUUCCGGCGCCGGCGUUUCAGCGAUGUGUCCACGUUGGUUGAAGUCGAACGUAGCGAGAUCGAGGAUGGCGAUGGCGAUGGCGAUGGCGAUGGCGAUGGCGAUGGCCGUUCUUCGGGCGCGUUCGAGUCGGAAGCGAGGGAGAGAGAUCGGCUGAACAGCGCCUGCAUCGUCUUCCCUUCAUUCCAGGGUGACAGUGACGCGGGCAGGAAGAUUGCUCGUGGGCCCGGGUGCAUUCCCUCCCGAGCUCAAAUAGGCAGACUAGGGGGAGAACGUCCACCUAGCUCCGACAUGCGUCUGAGUCUCUUGGUUAGCAUCGCGACAGUGUGCCUUUACCGCGCCGCGGCUGCGAGUGCGACCCCCGUGUCGGUGCUCAGUCAACGCACUGAUGCCAAUAUCAGUCUGACCGCGGGCCAGCAGGCGCUCGUCCUGGCCGCCGCGUCCCUCAUCAGCCGGGCCAACAGCGCGUCGUCGCUCGCCCAAGCCCUCGUCAACGCGGACACUGGCGGCGCUGCCAGUGUGGGCACAGGUGGCGUGCUGGAGCAGUUUAAUGCGUUUACUGAAAGCCAGAAGACGCUCUUCCCCACCAGUGGGAACGAAGGCGUCGCUGCCGCGGCCAACGGCCUCCUCGGCGCAGCCCUAGCCGGCGCACUGCCGGACCUGCCGGGCACGCUUAUCACCAGCGGCCUGCUGCCCGUCCUGACCGCGGCCGCAGACGCUGCAACCUCUGCCCUCGCGCCCGUGCUGGUCGUCGCCACGGCGAUCAUCGCCGAGCUGCCCGCGCCGGCGGGAGACCCGGCCGCGCUCCUACUACGGGCGGUGGCCGGCUUCCUGUUGCAGGCGGCGCAGGUCCGCGGCGCGGCGGAUGCGCUCGUGCGGCAGGUGGUGGGGGCGGUGGGGGCGGUGCUGCAGGGUGUGGUGGAUGUACAGGUGCAGGGGCUGGAGUGCAAGUGUGUGGACGCGCGGGUGGUGGCGGCGGUGAAUGGGCUGUUGGCGGGGCUGGCUAACGCUGUUGGAGCCUAA